AUGAGGGAAGUUCUUUCGCUUCACGUUGGUCAAGCAGGUAUUCAGAUCGGUAAUGCUUGCUGGGAGCUGUACCUGCAGGAGCACGGCCUGACGCCGGAUGGCCGCCUGACGGAGGAGAGCAAGUCUAAGAAUGAUGACGGCUUCUCUACCUUUUUCAGCGAGACGGGCAGCGGUAAGUACGUGCCGCGCUCCAUCUACGUCGACCUUGAGCCCAAUGUGGUUGAUGAUGUCCGUAAUGGACAGUACAAGAGUCUUUUCCACCCGGAGACGCUCGUCACGGGUAAGGAGGACGCUGCUAACAACUACGCUCGUGGUCACUACACGGUGGGUAAGGAGCUGAUCGACCAGACCAUGGACCGUGUGCGUAAGCUCGCUGAUGCUUGCUCUGGUCUUCAGGGCUUCUUCGUUUUCCACUCGUUUGGUGGUGGUACGGGUUCCGGUUUCGGUUCGCUGCUCUUGGAGCGCCUUGCCCAGGACUACGGCAAGAAGGCCAAGCUUGAGUUCUCUGUGUACCCCGCUCCUAUGAUGAGCAGCUCGGUGGUGGAGCCUUACAAUUCCGUGCUGACGACCCACACGACGCUGGAGAACUCGGACUGCUCGUUCAUGGUGGACAACGAGGCCAUCUAUGACAUUUGCAAGCGCAACUUGGGUAUCAGUGCUCCGAGCUACACCAACCUGAACCGUCUGAUUGCACAGGUUGUGUCGUCGAUCACUGCUUCACUGCGUUUUGAUGGCUCGCUCAACGUUGACCUGAACGAGUUCCAGACCAACUUGGUGCCGUACCCGCGUAUCCACUUCCCUCUGGCUACGUACGCCCCGAUUAUUUCGGCGGACAAGGCCUUCCACGAGCAGAACAGUGUGGCUGAGAUGACCACCUCGAGCUUCGAGAAGGGCAACCAGAUGGUCAAGUGUGACCCACGUGACGGCAAGUUCAUGGCCUGCUGUCUGUUGUACCGUGGUGAUGUUGUGCCGAAGGAUGUCAACUCAGCUGUGAGCCUGAUCAAGACCAAGCGUACCAUCCAGUUCGUGGACUGGUGCCCGACUGGUUUCAAGAUCGGUAUUUGCAACGAGCCGCCGGCGCUUGUGCCGGGCGGUGACUUGGCGAAGGUGUCGCGUUCGCUGUGUAUGCUGGCCAACACGACGGCCAUUGCCACUGCCUGGAGCCGUCUGGACCGCAAGUUCGACCUUCUCUACUCGAAGCGUGCCUUCGUCCACUGGUACGUGGGUGAAGGUAUGGAGGAAGGCGAGUUCAGUGAAGCGCGUGAGGAUCUCGCUGCGCUGGAGAAGGACUACGAAGAGGUCGGUAUGGAGACGGCUAUGGGUGACGAGGAUGGUCUUGACAUGGAAGAGUACUAA